UGGGGCCCCAACGGCCGUCCGGCGGGGGCGGGGCCUGUCAUGGCCGCCUCUGGAGUCAAUUCUAGGAACCCUGAGGAUGAACUGACCCUUUUAUUCACUAUUCCACAUCGAGCUGCAAACCCAUCAGAUGGAACCACGUGAUCAUUGUGGCCGCCAGCUGACCCCACAGCCACCUUGUGCCUCCCUUGGACCCACCCAGGAAUUUCUGAGCCUUCUUUAUGGAGCCUGUUCGCGACGGGGUAGCCUCGCCGGCAGCUCCUGGGACCGGGAAAUCCAAGAUAGCGGUGACGCUCCUCUGGCGUCUGCCCUGGCCCGGGCUUCCUUCAGCAGCUCCUCAGAGCGGUCCAGCAGCCACGGCCCUGGCUUCGCAAGCCUUAAUUGCAGAGACGGAGCUGGUGUCUGGUCUCCCCUUGUGUCAAAUAAAUACCAGUGGCUGCAGAUUGACCUUGGAGAAAGAAUGGAGGUCACAGCUGUGGCCACCCAGGGAGGAUACGGGAGCUCCGACUGGGUGACCAGCUACCUCCUGAUGUUCAGCGAUGGCGGGAGGAACUGGAAGCAAUAUCGACGAGAGGAAAGCAUCUGGGCGCUGGCAAUCACCAUUUUACUGGCUUUAGAAAUUUGACUAGAUACCUCAUAUAAGUGGAAUCAUAUAAUUUUUGUUCUUUUGUAACUAGCUUAUUUCACUUAAUGUUUUCAAGGGUCAUCCAUUCGGUGGCAUGUGUCAGAAUUUCCUUCAUUUUAAGGCUGAAUAAUAUUCCACUGUAUGUAUAUCCCAGAUUUUUUUAAUCCAUUCAUCUGUUGGUAGAUAUUUGGAUUGUUUCCACCUUUUGGCUAUGGUGGAUAAUGUUGCUGUGAACAUGAGUGUACAGAUAUCUCCUUGAGACACUUCUUUCAACUUUUUUGGAUAUAUACCCAGAAGUGAAAUUGCUGGAUCAUAUGGUAAUUCUAUUUUUAAUUUUUUGAAGAACUGCCAUAACGGUCUUGCAAGUGGCUGCACUGUUUUACAUUCCUACCAGCAGUGCACGAAGUUUCCUAUAUAUCCUUGCCGACACAUCUUAUUUUCCAUUAAAAAAAAAUAUAUAGCCAAUCUAAAGGGAGUGAAGUAGUAUCUUACUAUGGUUUUGAUUUGUAUUUCCCUAACAAACAUCUUUUUCUGUGCUUAUUGGGCAUUUGUGUAUCUUCUUUAGAUAAAUGUUUAUUGCAGUACUUUGUGCAUUUUAAAAUCAGAUUGAUUUUUUUGUUGUUGAGAUGUACAAAGUUCUUUAUAUAUUCUGGAUGUGAACCCCUUAUCAUAUAUAUGAUUUGCAAAUAUUUUCUCUUGUUCCAUUGGUUGCCUUUUUCACUCU